AUGUAUAUCAAACAGAUCAUCAUCCAGGGGUUUAAGAGCUACAAAGAUCAAACAGUGAUCGAACCCUUUUCCCCAAAACACAAUGUCAUCGUCGGACGCAAUGGAUCGGGGAAGAGUAACUUCUUCGCGGCGAUUAGAUUCGUUCUUAGCGAUGCAUACACACAUAUGGGGAGAGAGGAACGGCAGGCGCUAUUACAUGAGGGCUCUGGGUCCGCGGUGAUGUCGGCCUACGUUGAAAUCAUUUUCGAUAACUCCGACGAACGAUUCCCCACAGGCAAGAAAGAACUGAUACUACGACGGACUAUCGGGACAAAGAAGGAUGAAUACACUCUGGAUCGCAAAAACGCGACCAAGGCUGAUGUGAUGAAUUUACUCGAAUCUGCCGGUUUCUCGCGAUCAAAUCCUUACUACAUCGUUCCCCAGGGUCGUGUCACGACCUUAACAAAUAUGAAAGAUUCGGAGCGCUUGGUUCUCCUCAAAGAAGUCGCUGGCACACAGGUAUACGAGGCGCGUCGGACAGAAUCAUUGAAGAUCAUGAACGAAACAGAUAAUAAGAGGGCGAAGAUCGACGAAUCGCUGGACUAUAUUAAUGAGCGGCUUGCAGAACUAGAAGAAGAAAAGGACGAACUUAAGAACUAUCAAGAGAAGGAUAGGGAACGGCGAUGUCUUGAAUAUACAAUUUAUUCCCGUGAGCAGGCAGAAAUCGCAGCUGCUCUCGAAAACAUUGAAUGGCACCGCCAGACGGGAGUGGAGGACACAGAUGCCAACCGCAACCGAUUCAUCCAGGGCGAAAAUGACAUUGCACAGAUAGAUGCUGAGAUUUCGGAACUAAAACAGUCAAUAGAGCUACUGAAGAUGGAAAAGGUCCAGAUGGAGGAGGAUCGUCGCGACAUAUCGCGAGCUCUGGCACAAACUGAACUACAAGCCAAGUCUCUUUCAGAGGGACAAUCAGCUGUCCAACAAGCUAAGGCUCGACGCGAGGCAAAUUUGAAAGCCGUCCAAUCAGCUAUAAAGGGGCGUGAGAAGGAGCUCAGCCAGAUUCUUCCGCAAUUCGAAGCUAAAAAAAAGGAGGAGGAAGCUGUGAAAGCGAAGUUGGACGAAGCUGAAACGGCGCGACAACGUCUAUACGCAAAGCAAGGCCGUAAUUCAAAAUUUAGAAACAAAUCUGAGCGUGAUAAAUGGCUUCAACGUGAAAUCCAGGAUACAUAUACGUCACUCUCAACGGUCAAGGCUGUCAGGAUGCAAACAGAAGAAGAAAUCAGGGAGCUUGAGAAUGAUAUAGCUCUUCUGGAACCUGAGGCUGAAAGAUUGCGUAAGCAGCUUGAUGGCCGGGGGGACGCCAUCCAAUCUAUGGAACAAGAGGUGCAGGGGGCGAAGGAUGAAAGAGACCGACUAAUGGACCAAAGAAAGGAAUUAUGGAGAGAAGAGGCAAGGCUCGAUUCUAUCAUAUCCAAUGCCUCGCAAGAGUUGGAUCGUGCGGAACGGAACCUUUCUCAUAUGAUGGAUCAUAAUACCAGCCGCGGCCUCGCCGCUGUCCGUCGGAUUAAACGGCAACUAAAUCUCGAAGGGGUCUAUGGCACAGUUGCUGAACUUCUCGAGGUUAAUGAAAGGUAUCGCACCGCUGUCGAGGUUACCGCUGGCCAGAGUCUUUUCCAUUAUGUCGUCGAUACGGAUGAAACUGCUACAAAAGUGCUGGAAGUAUUACAGAAAGAAAAGUUGGGAAGAGUUACAUUUAUGCCGCUGAACCGACUCAAGCCCAGACCCGCAAAUGUUCCGCGGGCCAGUGAUACCAUACCAAUGAUUGAGAAGCUGGUGUACGAUUCUGAAUAUGAAAAAGCUUUUCAGCAAGUUUUCGGCAAAACUAUAAUUUGUCCUAACCUUCAAAUCGCAUCUCAAUACGCUCGAAGUCAUGGAGUCAAUGCUAUUACACCGGAAGGCGAUCGGUCAGACAAACGCGGUGCGUUGACUGGUGGUUUCCACGACUCCCGCCAAUCUCGUCUUGAAGCUCUUAAGGCUGUUACCAAAUGGCGGGAUGAGGUUGAAUCCAAACGGAAUCGUGGUACCGAAAUUAGACGGGAACUUGAAAAGAUGGAUCAGUUGAUCACCAAAGCCGUGGGAGAGUUGCAGAAGCUUGAACAGCGGAGGCAGCAAUUCCAAGGCAGCAACAUCCCUCUCCGUCAAGAGAUUAAAAGCAAGCGUGAUAUGCUUCAAAAUAAGACCGAUAAUUUAGAGGCAAAGUCGCGAGCUCUCCGAAACAUGGAGGCCAAUGUUAAGGCAUUAACAGAUCUGAUUUCUGCGCACGAGGAAGAGCUGUCUACUCAUUUUGAGAAAGCUUUAACAAAUGCGGAAGAAGCGAAGCUUGAAUCUCUAAAUUCAACUGUGCAAGAGCUCAGAAGCCAGCAUUCAGAAUUAUCUAGCAGUCGCAGUGAGCUCGAAGCAAGCAAGUCAGUGAUUGAAGUCGAACUCCGCGAGAACUUACAUCCCAAGUUAGAGCAGCUGAUCGGCCAUGAGUUCGAUUCUGGUGAGGAAAUUACACACGGAACUCUCAAGGAAAGCCAACGAGAACUCGAGCGACUGACCAAAUCUCUCAACACUCUCGAUCGUCGUCUCAAGAAACUAGAAGAGUCAGUGGAGAAGGGAUCAGCUGAAAUGGCCCAAUUAGAACAGCGCAAAUCUGAUAUCAAACGAGACUUGGAAGAUCUAGCCAGAUCUAUUGAAAAGCACCAACGACGAAUGGAAAAGAAUAUGCAGAAAAAAGCGGCCCUGGCGAAACAAGCGGCCGAAUGCAGCGCUAACAUCCGCGAUCUUGGAGUUCUCCCCGACGACGCCUUUACGAAAUUCAAGAACACCGAUUCCAAUACCGUGGUCAAACGACUGCAUAAAGUCAACGAAGCUCUGAAGAAGUUCUCCCAUGUCAACAAGCAAGCGUUCGAGCAGCAUAAUGGUUUUACGAAACAGCGAGAAACGCUAACAAAGAGACGGGAGGAGCUUGAUUCCUCUCAAAAAUCAAUCGAAGAGUUGAUCACGGUCUUGGACCAUCGGAAGGACGCCGCCAUCGAGCUGACCUUCAAGCAAGUGUCAAGGGAGUUCGCCCAGAUUUUCGAGAAACUGGUGCCUGCGGGUCGAGGUCGUUUGAUCAUCCAGCGGAAGACUGAUCAUGCGGCUCGGCAGGCGGAUGAACUUGGCUCUGACGAGGAAGAGGCACGAAACAGCGUAGAGAACUACGUUGGUGUUGGUAUCAGUGUUAGUUUCAAUAGCAAGCACGACGAGCAGCAACGCAUCCAACAACUCAGCGGUGGACAGAAGAGCCUCUGCGCGCUAGCUCUCGUCUUCGCCAUCCAAGCGUGCGACCCAGCCCCCUUUUAUCUGUUUGAUGAAAUCGACGCAAAUCUAGACGCGCAGUACCGAACUGCCGUCGCGCAAAUGCUUAAGUCUAUUUCAGAGGAGACCAAUGGUCAAUUUAUUUGCACGACGUUCAGGCCGGAGAUGUUGCUUGUUGCGAAGAAGUGCUAUGGUGUCAGUUUCCGCAACAAGGCUAGCACCAUUGACGUGGUGUCGAGGGAGGAGGCGCUGAAGUUCGUGGAGGAGCAGAAGACCUAG